UACCGCUACGUGAAGCUGGCGGUGCUGGGCAGCCUGGCGGCGGCGCUGGGGCCGGACACGCACUCGCUGCUGGCCUCGCUGCAGCGCAACGAGCUGUCGGAGCGGCGCUUCCUGCAGCUCAAUAAGUGCCCGGCCUGCUGGGGCACCAGCUGGUGCCGCAAGUUCCUCAACGGGCAGCUGCGGCUGGAGAGCUGGGGCCGCCUGCGCCUCUUCGACUUCUUCAACGUCAAGAACGUCUACUUCGCGCGCUACGGGGAGCCCCGCGAGGGCAGCCGCCGCGUCGUCCUCAAGCGCCUCGGCUCCGCGCAGGAGCUCGCCGACAUCGACACCAAGAUCUGCCGCCGCGCCACCGGCAGGGGCCGCCGCGACCUUUUUCAGAGUUUUCCAUCUGAUGAGGGUUGGCCAUUCGCAAAGUACUUAGGAGCGUGCGGAAGAAUGGUGGCUGUCAAUUACGUUGGAGAAGAGCUGUGGAGUUACUUUAAUGCACCAUGGGAGAAACGAGUGGAUCUGGCCUGGCAAUUAAUGGAAAUAGCUGAGCAGCUGACAAAUAAUGACUUUGAAUUUGCACUCUACCUCCUUGAUGUCAGCUUUGACAACUUUGCAGUUGGACCGAGAGACGGGAAAGUUAUCAUUGUAGAUGCAGAAAAUGUUCUGGUAGCAGACAAAAGGUUAAUCAGACAGAAUAAACCUGAAAACUGGGAUGUAUGGUAUGAAAGCAAAUUUGAUGACUGUGAUAAAGAAGCUUGUCUGUCCUUCUCGAAAGAGAUUCUUUGUGCUCGUGUCACUGUGGACCACAAUUAUUAUGCUGUUUGUCAGAACCUUUUAUCAAGACAUGCCACGUGGCGUGGCACUUCUGGAGGACUACUUCAUGACCCCCCAGCUGAAAUUGCCAAAGAUGGCCGACUCGAGGCCUUGCUGGAUGAGUGUGCCAACCCAAAGAAGCGAUACGGUAGAUUCCAAGCCGCAAAAGAACUGCGUGAAUACCUUGCACAAUUGAGUAACAACGUGAGGUAGUCCACAGUGAAAAUUUUUUGCAACACUGGCUAAAACACUAUUGCAAAGACACAUAGAAAGUGAAGUUUUGAACUUACGUAUUAGAGAAAAUUAAAAAAAAACAACCCUAGUUUAUCAGUUUUCUAAAUACCAUAAAAAUAUAAUUUUAUGGUGUUAUAAUGUUCCUUUGCAAACAGAGAAGGUACUUAGUGAAUUAAAACUUGAGCUACUAUUGACUCUCCUCCCUAACUGUUUAAAAGGGAGUAGGUCAAAAAAGACUGUGAUAGCUUAAUUGACAGCUUGUGUGUCAAAGGGUACUUUACAUAAAACUCCAUUAGCGUCACAGUUUUGUGAAGCUGAUGUUUUUACUUGGAAAGUCAAGUUAGACUUGAUGGCCUGUUUUAAAGGCCUUUUUCCUGACAUCAUUGUCUCAUUUUUGUGUUUGUUUAAACACCCUGAAGUGUCAUUUACAUACAGGUAAAUCUAGUUGUCUGCAUUGUUUCAAAUUUAACGGGCUUUCAUGUUAAUGCUGUGCAGUACAUUCCUACUGUGAGUGCAGGAUUCCCAUGUUUACUGUCUAAUUUUAGGGGGGUUUACACUGUAUUUUACUAUGCUUAGACAUUGUGUAUUUUUAUUUUUUUUUAAGAUCAUCAUAAACUCAAAUGUCAUUUGAACUAACAUUCAUUUGAUGUCUUUUGUAGUUCUGCCAUUGGAAAUAUCACUUAAUGUAAUUAUUGUACAAAACUUUUACCCUUCAUGCCAGUAUAUACAUAUGACUGUUUAGCAGGAAAUCGCGGUAUGACCGAACUCUUAUUUUUAACAGAGGUAAUUUGAGAAUUGGAGAGAGACUACAAUAAAAAGAUCUGUAUUAAUUUAAAUUGGGGAUAGAAGCUUGACUAAAAAUAAAAAUUAACUAGUCCAGUGUAGUUAAGCAUAAACCAAAGAAAAUGGUUUUGUUUAGUAGUUUCUAAACAAAUAGUAAAGGAAAAUCUUAUACUGUAGUGAAGCUAAUAAUUCUCAAAAUUCAAAUUUCAGUGGUCCUUGGUUACUCUUUGACGAACUUCUAAAACUAUGUGCUUAUACAAGCAGAAAAACCUAAUUUGAAUAAUAAUGAAUAAUAAUAAUUUGAAUAAUAAUAGUAAUAAUAGCCGUUUGUUUUACAUCAUUCCCAAUUCUGUUGA